GCCAUGUCGCUGAGCCCCAAGCACACGACGCCCUUCUCGGUCACCGACAUCCUCAGCCCGAUGGAGGAGAGCUACAAGAAGUUCGGCGGCAUGGACGGGGCGGGCGGGCUGAGCGCGCCCCUCGGGCCCUACCGCCAGCCGCCGGUGCCCGCCGCCGCCGCCGUCCCGCAGCACGUCGUGGCGGGCCCCGCCGGGGCGGCCGCCUACCACAUGUCCCACGGCGUCUCCCAGUUCCCGCACGGCGCCGUCGGGGGCUACUGCAACGGCGGGCUGGGCAACAUGGGCGAGCUGCCCGCCUACCCCGAGGGCAUGCGGAGCGGCGCGGCGGCGGGCGGCGGCUGGUACGGGGCCGGCGGCGACCCCCGCUACUCCAGCAUCUCCAGGUUCAUGGGCCCGUCGGCGGGGAUGAACGUGGCCGGGAUGGGCGGCCUGAGCGGCAUCGCCGAGGGCGCCAAGGCCAUCGUGCCGCUCCACGCGGCCCCGCGGAGAAAGAGGAGGGUGCUCUUCUCCCAGGCGCAGGUCUACGAGCUGGAGCGGCGCUUCAAGCAGCAGAAGUACCUGUCGGCGCCGGAGCGGGAGCACCUGGCCAGCCUGAUCCACCUCACCCCCACCCAGGUGAAGAUCUGGUUCCAGAACCAUCGCUACAAAAUGAAGCGCCAGGCCAAGGACAAGGCGGCCGCCCAGCAGCUGCACCCCGACGGCGGCGGCCUCUGCCAGCAGCACUCUCCCCGCCGCGUCGCCGUGCCCGUGCUGGUGAAGGACGGCAAGCCCUGCCCGCCGCCGGGCAGCGGCACCCCGGCCCCCGGGCAGCCCGCCCCGCCGCCCCCCGCCGCCCCCGCCGGGGCGCUGCCCGCUGCCGCCCCCGCCGCCCACCCGCACCCCGGCUCGCUGGGGCAGGCGGCCGACCUGGAGGAGCUCUCGCCCAGCCCGCCGGCGCUGCACGGCCAGGUGGCCCCCCUGGCCCCCAUGGACUCGGCCGGCGUCGACUACAACGGCGGCAUGGUCAGCCCCAACCUGCUCUACGGCAGGACGUGGUAA